UUAGUGUUAGUAGAAUUGGUCACAUUCGAAAUUCUGUCAAUGAAAACGUCAAAAACUUUAAAUUGAAAAUUAACCUUUCAUUUAAAAGACAAGUUUAUUAAAUCUUUUGAAUUAAAAUUUUAUCUGUAACGCGAUGUUCAAAUUGUAAAUAUAACAGUAAUAAUUUUUAUAUAAAAUAUUCGUAGGGUACUUUUAGUUGAAAAAAUCAUUGUCAUGAGUGAAAACUUAGACCCAAGUAUAUUUUUUUGUGAUAAGUGAUACAAUAAGAUUCAAAUUAUGGUGUUCUGUUUUGAAAAUGCUGAAACAUAAAUUGUUACAAGAAUGAGUGAUUCUUCAAGAAAUUAUGAGAAUUUUAUAGAAUUAAGAAAACGGGACUCCAGUUUUAUCUGGACUUCAAGAAAAUUAAAUCCACAAUUAGCUUAUUAUCAAGGUAUUCCUAGGCCUACACCCAUAUUUCACAAGCAGAAUGUUCUAAAUAGUCCAAGAAUUCAAGAAUUGUUAGAUAACAUAAGCAAAAAACAAAAUGUUUCAAAAUUGGUACUGGAGGAGAAAGUUUUAUCAGUAUUAGAUGAAAUUGGAUAUAACAAGAAUUUGAAGGUUAUCAGAUGGUUGGGUUUGGUUUUAGUUGAAAUUUGUUUAAGAAUGUCUACUGGAAUAUAUGUAAAUGUUGACAAUUUGUUAAAAUUGAAAACAGAAAUGGGAAAUUGUCCGGUGAUAUUUGUUCCUAGUCACAGAAGCUAUGCUGAUUUUAUAUUAAUGUCGUAUCUUUGCUUCACGUAUGACAUAGAAAUUCCUGCAAUAGCUGCGGGAAUGGAUUUUCAUGGUAUGUGGGGAAUGGGCAAUAUGUUAAGGGAUACAGGAGCAUUUUUUAUGAGACGGUCUUACAAUGACGAUGAUUUGUAUUGGGCAGUUUUUAAACAGUACAUAUAUCAGUUAGUUACAAAGGGGGACCUACCUAUAGAAUUUUUUAUUGAGGGUACAAGAAGUAGAAGUAAUAAAUCCUUGAUACCAAAAUACGGUUUGAUAUCAAUGAUUUUGAAAGCAUUCUUUUUCGGUGAAGUACCUGAUAUAAAAUUUGUUCCAAUUAACAUUAGUUAUGACAGAAUCCUCGAAGAAAGUUUGUUUGCUUUUGAAUUACUUGGAGUUCCAAAACCCAAAGAGAGCACAUCGGGAUUUUUCAAAUCGCUGAAGGUAAUAAAGGAAAACUUUGGGAAAAUUUAUUUUCAUUUCGGUCAGCCAAUAUCAGCUAAAAGGUUUUUUGGUGACAAACUAGAGAGGUCAGUGCACAAUAUGGGUCCACUACAUGUACAAGAAAUGACAGAAAAAGAAAAAGCUGUUAUACCUUCCCUGGCACAUACGAUAGUACAUACUCAGCAAAAAUGUGGUGUAAUAAAUGUGUUCAAUUUAGUAGCUCUAAUUUUAAAUGACAAUCUGGUUAAUAGUAAAGAAUUAUUAACCGUGAAGGAACUGAUCGAAGAAGUAUAUUGGCUAAAAGAUGUGAUACAAAAAUUAGGAGCAUUUGUGUAUACAGAAAAUAUUGAAAACAGUGUUGAUGAAUGUUUCGUCGUACACAAAAAUUUAAUAGAAGUACAGCCAAAUAAUAGAAUUCGUUUGGUGCACAAUAAUAUUAUUUUGGACAAAAUUCACUCGUCUAAGCUUAAAGCUCAUUCAUUGUCAGAAAAAUGUAUGACAUUUUCUGUACCUUUUGUUAUGCUGCAGAUGUACAUUAAUCCUUCUCUACAUUAUUUCCUAGAUGUAGCAUUAAUUGUAGUAAUUUUGAAAUAUCAGCAGGAUUUGGACGCAGAAGAAUUAUUUAAUAAAUACCACUUCCUCAGAUCCUUGUUCUCAGUGGAAUUUGUUACUAUUCUACCUUGGGUGAAAAUGGAGUUUCACAAUGCUUUGCAGUACUCAACGGUGCUAAAUUUAAUACAACUUACCUCUGCUAAUUCAUACAUAUUAGGAAAUAAUGGGAAAUUAGAAAAUUUCUUGUGUACUAUGCUUGAACCUUUCAUGCUUUCAUAUUACAUCGCAGUUGUUGUGCUAGAGGAAUCUCCAGUAAUAAUUGAUGAAGAAACUGUUUUAGUAAAUUCACAAAAAAUCCUGGAAGAUAAAAUUAAUAAUGGAAAUGAAUUUGUUCAUCCUUACUCUCUAAAUUUAGACAGUCUAACAAAUUGUUUAAAUGUAUUGGUAACAUUAGGAGCUUUAAGCAAGACUAGAAGCCGCAAUAAGAUAACAUAUGAAAUUAGAAGACAGGAGAUUGUGCCAAUAAAGGAAAAAUUAAGAAAUUACAUGUCCUACUGUUGCAGUGAAGAUAGUUGUAUUAAGAUGAAAUACUUGAAGAAUAAAUUAUAACAAAAGUAUUAUUUACAGUAUAAUUGUAUUAGAAGAGAUAUUAUAAUACAUCUAACUUGUGCCAUUAGUGUGGAAAAGGUAGUGUUUGUUUUUGUUAAUAUUUUUUGUAUUAUGUGGUUUUAUAUAUAACUAUAAAAAUGUU